UGAGAUUGUUGUUGUUUCGUAUUAUAUGCGUGGGUGAACGACAGGAUUGACUGCAGCAGUCGCGCACAGGAUAGUAAUCGCAAGCGCGCAGUUUCGGAGCGGCAGGCAGGCGCGACCUUCGUUGUUGUUGGGCUCUUGGGAAAUAAUAUCUGUAUAGCAGCCUGUUACUGUGCCGCUGCGAAACUACUCUCGGUGUGCGAUUUGUCGCUCUGGCGCAGCUCUUGCCAAAUGCCUGGCUCUGGUGAAAUAUUAUUGGAAAAUGAGAGGCGGAUUUUAAUUAGCCUGAGAGAACUGCUGCCUUGUUCAGGAAGCAGGAAGUGGCUGAGCUGCUGAUGCAGCUGUGAUUCUCUCCUGACAAUGUGUUGAUGAUUAAUUCUAAGAAUGAACAUAAUGCGAAAAUUGAGAGGGGGUAGUGUCAGCAGUAUGACUUCCGCCGGCACUGGGAACCUGGACAACUGUGCAGGGGGUGCAAAUCCACAACACACUGCUCUUGGACUUAUGCACCUGAAAAAACUCUUCUCCGAGUAUACCCAUCCUCCUCAAGCGCUGUCCGAUGCUGAAAAAGAUGACAAGCUGUACAACAUGCUACCGUUGUUUUGCAAGGUGUUUGGAACAAGUCCAUCUGGAGAUAUGAAUGAAAAGUUUUGGGAUAUUCUUGCCUUCACAAAAGAGGUAUCAAAACUCAUGGUCUCUGAGAUACGUCGAAGAGCAAGCAAUCAGAGCACAGAAACAGCAAGUUGUGCAAUUGUGAAAUUUCUUGAGAUUGAAAACAGCGAAGAGUCAAGCAAUGGCUGGAUGUUGCUGUCAGCUCUAAAUUUGUUAGCUGCUGGGGACACAUCAUUAAUUCAAGAAAUGACUACGGCUUCAGUGCCUUCAACUUUAGUCAAAUGCCUCUACCUGUUUUUUGAUUUACCAGAGAUGAAUGAAGAAGAAGCUGAUGUUGCAGAUGCAAAUAGUGAAUUUACACCUCGAGAAAGAAGAAUAUUGUUACAAAAAAUAUUUGUUCAAUUAUUGGUAAGAUUAUGCAGCCAUCCAUACCCAGCAGAGGAAUUGGCACGAAAAGACGAUCUCACUCUACUUUUCUCAGCAAUCACAAGCUGGUGUCCACAGUAUAAUGUUAUGUGGCGUAAAAGUGCCGCCGAAGUAUUAAUGACACUGUCACGACAUGGUCUUACACAAAGUGUAGUAGCAUAUAUUCACAACAAAGGAUGCAUAGGACUUUGUAUUGAAAACAUGCAACGUGUACCUGAAUUAGCGCCAUUAGAAGUCGUUGAAAUGUUUGUGACUGUAUUUUGCUUUUUAAAGGACUCUAGUGAAGUGUCGCAAACCUUAUUAGAUGAUUUUCGCGCUUGCCAGGGUUAUAUAUUUUUAUCAGAGUUUCUCCUAAAGCAUGCCCCAUCUCGGUUAGAACAAGAUGGUAGAGCUGAAGCACAAGAUGCUAUUAGAAACUUGGUAUUGAUGCUAGCAUCAUUGACUAUGUGUGGUCAUACGGAAUUGAAACCAAGUACUGCAAGCAUGGGAUCUUUGUUUCAAAUGCUCAGCUUCACGUUACCCCAACCUAGUAAUAGAGGAGGCAGUGUUCGUAAUAUACAGGCAUUUCAAGUAUUACAAUCAGUGUUUGUAAAGUCCAAUUCUCCUCUUCUCUGCUGUACUAUACUUGAUGCUAUAUCCAGUGUUUAUCACAGUGACAAUGCCAAUUACUUUAUCCUUGAAGGCCAAAAUACUUUGUCCCAGUUUGCAGAGAAAAUUCAUCUUAAGAACUUGGAAAUUCAAGAAAAGUUCUUCCAACUUCUGGAGUUCAUAGUGUUUCAGUUGAACUUUGUGCCUUGCAAAGAACUCAUAUCGUUGUCUAUACUGUUGAAAUCAAAUAAUUCUGUUAGUUGCAGUAUAAUGUGUAUGGAAACUCUUAUUAACAUACUUCGGCAUAAUGUAAUAUUUAAAGAUGUAUACAGAGAAGUUGGAUUAUUAGAAAUAUUUGUAACAUGUCUGCAUAGAUAUGCUACUUUAUUAAAAGAUAAACAAGCUGUACUGGAUCAGGGUCAAGAGUACAAAAUGUGUCCAAAACAAGAAAAAUUAGGAGCUUUGAUAAUGGAAGCAUUGACGUUUUUAUUAGCCGGAAAUGUUCAAAAUGCAAAUGUCUUCAGAGAAUGUGGCGGAGCACGUUGUGCUCACAAUCUUGUACCUUACAUAGACUGCAGAUUCCAAGCUUUAGGAAUCGUUAGAGAACUGAUUCUCAGUGCAGGUGGAGAUGAUGAUAUGGCAACUCUUCUGGGAGUAAUGCACUCUGCUCCGUCGAACGCACUUAUUUUGAAGACGCACAUUUUGAAAUCGCUUCUUGCGUGUCUCCGAGAAUCACAUCGUACAAGAACUGUGUUCCGAAAAGUUGGAGGAUUUGUGUACGUUAUGUCUGUUCUUGUAUCAUUAGAAGGACAACUGGGUCCUCCACCUCCUCAAGGUUCAGAACCGUGCAACGAUAUAACUCAAAGAACACCCCAAGAUGAAGCACAAUUGCUGACAUUAUUACAUAUGGUUUUCCAUACAAUAAGUACUGCAAUGCGCUUUGAACCCGCGAACGCCAAGUUUUUUCAUCACGAGAUAUGUCAAUCAAGUCUCUGUGAUACCCUAAGGCUAUUAGGUUGUUUUACAACUCAAACUAAGCUUGAAGAAACUGAUAUCCCUCUUAACAUGAAUUAUCACAAUACCUGGCUUGCUUUGUUCACUGGAAGUGUACUAGAGCCUGUGUUUCCAAGUGAUCUUCCACCAGUGUUAGGAUAUGCUUGCUUAUUGCUACGUUUAUUAUAUGACGUCGCCCUUGAUGCUUUUGACAAACCAAAUCUUGCUGGAAUGGGAAUGAGAUCUCCAAGUCACAAACAAUCUAGCGUGGAACAUCAGAAAUCAUUGGAUUCUCCGGGAAGUGGAAAAAGAUCGAACGUUAACUCGCUCAAUUUGAGUCCACCAGCGCCAGAACCAAUUAUAGUUCACCCAGGAGUUGUCGUUGGAAUGCUGCAUUUACUUCCAUCAGUUUCUGAUGAAACCGAUCCUGAACUAGCGCUGUCGUUACAAACGUAUGUGGCGGAAGUAAUAAAGAGUUUGGUGCGUUCUGAAAGAAAUCAACAAGUAAUGUGUGAGGCUGGUAUGGCUGGGGAACUUUUGAACAUGGGAAGGCUGGCUCUUCAGGAUGAAACCCAUCCCUUACAUCAACCUCUGCAGUAUAUAAUUGAACGCUUAGCUGCUCAAUCAUUAGAGCCAAGAGAUUUAAGGGAAUUUCUGAGAUUGGGCGAUCCACUGUGCUGUAUUUCUCUGGACGACAUUGAACCAAAAACACCUCGGGGAGGUCCUGUUCCACUGACACGAAUAAAAACGUUGGUGUCAAUGACAACACCAAAGGAUUUCAGAGCACAUGGCUCUUGCACCUUACCUCCAUUCGUUGAGUUCGAUAUGAGCGCAGAAGGUUUUGCAUGUCUUUAUCUGCCUAGUGUUGCUCCUCAGAGCACUACACCACCCACAGUUGUGUCAGCAGACAACAGUGUACUUGGCGGAAUUGGCUCAGGCGAUAGACUGUUUCCUCCACAAACCGGUUUAACUUACAGUACGUGGAUAUGUGUGGAUAAAUUCAGUGAUCCCCGAACCGACGCUCACUGCGUAAGAUUGUUAACACUGGUUCGUAAUCCUCCCUCUGGCAGAGAUUUAAUGUGUUUGACGGCUGUUCUUAGCGCACGCGAUAAAGCUAUAGUCGUGUCAACUCAAGAAACAGCUCUACCACAGAAUGUUGGAGAAUGGGAACCUGAAGGGACUGGCGAGUGUGGAGCCCGAGUUUGGUGUCCAGAUUUAUUACACGAAGGACAAUGGCAUCACAUUGCUAUAGUCCUAAAUCGCGCAGUUUUAAAGAAUUCCAGUUUUUCGUUAUAUUUAGAUGGACAACAUAUUCACAGCCAAAAGCUUCAUUAUAUCACACAAACUCCUGGCGGUGGUGCAGCAAAUUUAACAGUUGCAUCACCGGUAUAUGGUUAUAUCGGUACACCUCCAUGCUGGCGACGAUACUCAAGACUGACGUGGAAACAAGGUCCAUGUCAUCUAGUAGAAGAAGUGUUCAAUCAACAAAAUAUAGCCAAUUUGUUUAAGUUAGGUCCGCACUAUAUGGGAAGCUUACAAGCACCACAACUUCCCGGUUCAGAACCGUUACCUUCUCUCGUCGCAGAGGAAAAAGUAGUUUUCGGUUUAAAUGCCAAAGCAAUGUCACAAUUAACUCUUGCAAAAAUUAGAAAAGUUUAUAGUAGAGCAGAUAACAAAUCAAUUGCCAAACAGCUCGGUAUGUCGUCUCACGAAAAUGCAACACCAAUUAGAGUAUUGCACAAUUCGGCUGGACAUUUAAGUGGUCCAGCAAGAGCUUUAGGAGGUGUUGUAGUUGGCUACCUAGGAGUUAGAGUUUUCAAUCCAAGACCCGUUGCAAUCAUGGUUGACAAUGUUGGCGGUUGCUCCGUUUUACUUGGAAUGAUUGCCAUGGCUCAAGAUGUCGAGUCACUUUAUGCUGCUGUUAAGGCACUAGUGUGCGUCGUUCGUUCCAAUCAAGCAGCUCAGCAAGAAAUGGACAGACGUAGAGGAUAUCAAACAUUAGCAAUGUUACUUAGACGAAAAUGUCCUCUUUUAAACUCUCACAUUCUACAUUUAACGUUUAGUUUAGUUGGCACUGUAGACAGCGGCAGAGAAACAAGUGCUAUUCCUAACGUGACAGCAUUUCAAGAUUUGCUGUGCGAUUUACAAGUGUGGCAUGAAGCACCUGGCGACCUGUUAAGAUCGCUCUUAGAGCACUUAUACGAACUUAUAGCUGAAUCUAGCGAAAAGCGUACAAAUCUCCGUCUUAUGAGAGAUUUACAGCUUGUUCACAAGCUACUCCAUAUCUUAAGUGAUGUUAAACAAAAUACUACAAGACAAGUACUAUUAGCUCUACUUAGCAUAUUAUUAGGUCAACCGCGACAAGCUGAUUUGUUGUGGUUUGGCCAGUUCAUAGUAGCUACCCUGCCUCUAAGUUCAGAGAAAAAUCUAGUUUUAAGAGAAGGCGAAGGAAGCAAAGAAGGAGAAGGAGAAAGUAUUCUUCUACGUAAUCGUUGCCUACAACUACUCCACUCUCUUCUAUUUAAUGGUUCUAAAAUUAACGCAAAUAUGUGCGAGGAAAUAUCGAAAGUAUUAGGAUUGGAUUGGGUGCUAUUGUUCCUCCAACCUGGACUUCAUAGCACCACGGUUGUCUGGGGUUUAAGAAUUCUAGUCGCUGUUUGCUCAGUGCAACCAAUUUUGCAAAAAUUCAAGGAAGGAACUAGUAAUGGUGGUUGGUUGCGCCAUACUGAUCAUAAUAAAAUGGCUAUGGCUUUAGGAUAUUAUCAACAAAUGAGCGGCGGAGAAACGAAAACCACAGGCUUACACGUGCCUGGAUUUCAACAUUUGGGAUGGUUACUACCACAACAUGUCGAUCUUGUUCCUGAAUUAUACUUUUUAUUUAUUGCCCUCAUGAUGGGACAGCCAAUAAAAUUACUGCCUGCUGAUUCUAAACUUGACCUGGACAAUGUUUGGAAUUUCAUGUUUGGUGUACCAGCAAAUUAUUCACUAUCUUCAUUUGCAUCUCGGAUAAAUUUGUGCCCUGAAGCUAUUGUCACGCUUUUAACGAUGGUGCGAACCAUGGUCAACACAUGUUCAACGAGCGUGGAUACUCUACCCGAGUGGCUUAGUGAUUAUCCAGUGACGAUAAUCCAAUUUUUGUUCUUCCUAUAUCACAAUUUUACAGAUUUCAUGCAGUUAUUCAUGAGUGCAGAGGUGCUAGGAGCUUUAGCUGGAACACUCUUUCCAAAGCCUAAUAAUUCUAGUGUAGAUAGCAGUGGUGCUAGCACUCCUGCAGAUGAACAAGAGCCAGUAUUAGUAAAAUCUCCUUCUAAAGAUGUUGGACUGACAAAUCAUCCAGUGCGCAAGUUCGUAAUGGACUUUUUGAGAGUUAUCGUUGUAGACUCUCUUUCUUUACCAGUAUCGACGAAAUCACCGCCAGCUAUCGAUCUUGUUCUGGACGCAUGGCCAGAGCACGCAUCUACAAAUCAGCAAACACAUUAUCAAACUGAAGUUUUAUCGAUCUUAAUGGAACAUCUAUUGGCAGCUGACGUUCUUAUUGGCGAACAAGCAGCUUUGCCGGUAGUACCUGGGGGUUCUGCCAACAACAUUACUAGUAAUGUUUGUUAUGUAACAGCUAGAAUUGUUGAUAAAUUAUGGCAAGGGUCAUUAACUAAAGAUCCACACGAAAUAUUUGAUUUUAUUGUCAAAUUAAUUGGACAAGCUAAAAGAAGACCAGGUGCUGUUAGUAUGGAAGGUCUUCAUCAUUGUUUGAAUAGAUCUAUUCUAUUUUUACUAUCACGUUCUACGGAUUCGAUAGCCGAUCAAAUGGCAGUUUUGGAAGCUUUGCAUAAACUCACGACCCAUAGAUUGCUUGUAUUUGGUGCUGGAAAUCAUGAGUUAGAAUUCAUUGGUUGCUUAACAUACUGUCUAUUACAAUUAACGGCUGAUAUUAAAAUAAUGUUGGAUACCAAUAUGAAAACUACAUGGCACGUGAAUCCACAAAUUGAGUCUAGUGAUGAUCGACUCACAUCUCAUCAAGGACACAAUCUAAUGGCGGUUGCUGCUACACGUGUCUGGGAAGAAUUAUAUGUAUGCAAGAAACCUGCUAUAGAGGAAGUUUUCAAAGUAACUCUGCAGCCGCCAGUAGGAAAUGAAAGAGCACCAGAUCUAUCAGUCGUUCGUGAACAAGUUCAUGAAGUAGCACAAAGACUUUGGAUGAACUAUGUGGUUUCUGAAAGGAAAGCUCCAUAUAGAGCUCCAUGGGAACUUCACAACCAGAUUCAGUCUGCAAUUAAUAAUAAAAUACAAAAAGUCACUGGAGGUUUAACGAGAUUAGCUAGUCGGACAAAAGUCAGAAAAGAGGAGUCUGUUAAAGUUAAAUUAAGAUUGCAUUACAGUACUGUAGUACAAUGGACGGAACAAAACGUAGCAUUAGUAAGAGAGUUAGCAGCUAGCCGAAAACUGCAGUAUCAGCAAACUUAUCAACAUACGCAACGUUACGUUUAUCAAGAGUGGUUACAAACUGAGACAGAACUCACAAGAGAACGUGGUUUAUGGGGACCACCAACACCUACAGUACUUGAUAAAUGGAUGCUUGAUAUGACUGAGGGUCCAUGUAGAAUGCGAAAGAAAAUGAUGAAAAACGAAUUAUUUUAUAUACAUUAUCCUUAUAGACCUGAACUGGAACAUCCGGAUAAUAAACAACUGAAGUACAAAGUAGCAUCGAGCCUGGAUAGCAAAGAAUAUUAUUUAAAACAAUUAGGAAACGCCUCUGGAAUGUUUGAACGAGAACGAGACCCGGUAAUUGACGACACGCCUCUGAAUAUGAACGAAACAUCCACGGAGAGUGAACCGCCAAUGGUUCCAUGCACAUUGGAAAGACAUGCUAGUGAACCUGAUGAAACUAUAGAAGAUACUGAACAAGAAGAAGAAAACAACCAAGGCAUUCCAGACAACCAGACUCUUCUGCGAUUGUUAGAAGAACAUGAAAAAAUAAGUCACAUGUUUAGAUGUGCAAGAAUACAGGGUUUAGAUACAACAGAGGGGCUUUUAUUAUUUGGAAAAGAGCAUUUUUAUGUCAUUGAUGGUUUUACAUUAUUAAAGUCUAGAGAAAUUCGUGAUAUUGAAAGCUUACCUGAUGCUUAUGAGCCUAUUUUGCCUUCACCUGGUUCACCAAGACGCUCUCGUGCAAUGAGACAAUGUUCUAAAUUUAAUUACGAGGAUAUCAGAGAGGUUCAUAAAAGAAGAUACUUGUUGCAACCAAUGGCACUCGAAGUAUUCAGCGGAGAUGGUCGUAACUAUUUGCUAGCUUUUCCAAGAAAAGUGCGCAAUAAAGUUUAUCAAAGAUUUAUGACUUUUGCCACUGCCAUUGCUGACAGUGCUCAGCAAUCUGUCGCUGGACAGAAGAGAACCGCUAAUGUUGAACAGGCGACUGGGUUACUUUCAAGUCUCAUUGGUGAAACUUCAGUUACACAACGAUGGGUGAGAGGCGAGAUAUCGAAUUUUCAGUAUCUAAUGCAUUUAAAUACGUUAGCGGGUCGAAGUUACAACGAUUUGAUGCAGUAUCCAAUUUUCCCAUGGAUUCUCGCAGAUUAUGACAGCGAGGAACUUGAGCUGUCGGAUCCAGCUACUUUCAGAGAUUUCAGUAAACCUAUGGGGGCUCAAAGUUCUGAUAGACUACUACAAUUCAGGAAAAGAUACAAAGAGUGGGACGACCCACAUGGAGAAACUCCACCAUAUCACUAUGGAACUCAUUACUCUUCAGCUAUGAUAGUGUGCUCAUAUUUAGUUAGAAUGGAACCAUUUACCCAGCAUUUUUUGAGACUGCAGGGAGGUCAUUUUGACUUAGCAGAUAGGAUGUUUAAUAGCAUUAAAGAAGCAUGGCUAUCAGCAUCAAAACACAAUAUGGCUGAUGUCAAAGAACUCAUUCCAGAAUUCUUUUACUUACCAGAAUUCCUUGUUAAUUCGAACAAUUUUGAUUUGGGUUCCAAGCAAAGUGGUGUCCAACUCGGAGAUAUCGUUCUUCCACCAUGGGCAAAGCAAGAUCCUCGCGAAUUUAUCAGAGGUCACCGACUGGCAUUAGAGUGUGAUUAUGUAUCUCAACAUCUUCAUCAAUGGAUUGAUUUGAUUUUUGGAUAUAAGCAAAACGGCCCUGCUGCAGUGGAUGCCGUCAAUGUCUUCCAUCAUCUAUUUUAUGAAGGAAACGUUGACAUUUACAACAUUGAUGAUCCUUUGAAAAAAAAUGCGACAAUCGGUUUCAUAAACAAUUUUGGCCAAAUCCCAAAACAACUUUUCAAAAAGCCUCACCCAGCUAAAAAAAUGACUCAAAGGACCAGUGUAAUAGAUCCUGGCCCAAUCACGCCUGGCCUAAGUAUAACGACCUCCGACCGGCUAUUUUUCCAUAACUUAGAUAAUCUGAAGCCUUCUCUUCAACCAAUUAAAGAAUUAAAAGGGCCUGUUGGUCAGAUCUUACAUGUUGAUAAGGCAGUGCUAGCUGUUGAACAAAACAAAACUCUAAUACCUCCAUCAUACAAUAAAUAUGUCGCUUGGGGCUUUGCUGAUCAUUCUUUAAGAGUUGGUAACUAUGACAGUGACAAAGCUAUCUUUGUUUGCGAGACAAUGAUGCAAAGCAGUGGGGAAAUCGUAGCAUGCGUGUGCCCAUCUUCAAAAUUAAUAGUAACUGCUGGUACCAGUUCUGUUGUGACAGUGUGGGAGUAUGCGAAACGACAAAUUUCAAUUAAACAGUGCCUAUACGGCCACACGGAUGCUGUUACGUGCCUCGCCUCAAGUCCUGCAUACAACGUCAUUGUAUCUGGUUCUAGAGAUGGUACUGCUAUUAUUUGGGAUCUUUCACGGUGUUUGUUUGUUCGACAACUAAGAGGGCAUGCCGGACCAGUUGCCGCCGUUGCAAUAAACGAUUUAACGGGUGACAUUGCUACUUGUGCAGCGACAUGGUUACAUGUGUGGAGUAUAAAUGGAGAAGAAUUGGCCAGCGUAAAUACUUGCGUUGGAAGAGCGGAUAGAAUGCAACAGAUAUUGUGUGUAGCUUUUAGCCAAACUCAUGAAUGGGAUUCCCAAAAUGUUAUAAUGACAGGGUCUACUGAUGGUGUAGCACGAAUGUGGUCAAUGGACUAUGUACAAGUACCAGCUGAAGAAGAGAAGCCAGAAGAGGUUGAUGCUAAUAAAGAUAAAAAGGAUGAACAAGUGAAAGAAGAAGAUAAAAAGGAGACCACAAAGAAACGCGUCCAUGAACUUGUUAAACAAAUGAGUAUAUCAACUGAAGGAUCAGGUACGUUGGCAAAGAGCGGCUCUGAAAGUAGUCUGUCAGAGACUGAAAAUGCAAAAGAAGCAGCAAGAUCCCAUGAAGAGAAAGAGGAAUGUUCCGAUAAUGAGUCCAGUAAUGGAUCUGUCAACAAACUUUCUCCUCAAAGUAAUGCAUCUACUGUUGUACUGAGAAGAAAGAGUCGCGGUAAUCCAUUGUUUAGAAAGAGUGAAGGCGGAGGACGUGCUGAUAGUGAAGGAACUCAAGUCAGUGAAACCACUAAUACUACUGUUGAUUCUGAAACUGCAAUGAGAACUAGCAAAAGUGACACCAGCCUUACUGAUAGCUUUGUUGUAGUGACAGAAGCUGACACUAAGCCUAAACGAAUGAAUCCACAAAAUAUCUUACGAGAAGGUUUUAAAUGGCAAAGGCAAUUGGUUUUCAGAAGCAAAUUGACCAUGCACACUGCCUAUGAUCGAAAGGAUAAUGCAGAGCCUGCGUCAAUCACAGCAUUGGCAGUAUCAAGGGAUCAUCGAACGGUAUAUGUUGGAGACACGCGAGGACGUGUUUUUUCUUGGAGUGUUUGUGAGCAACCUGGCCGAACUGUCGCGGAUCAUUGGUUAAAAGAUGAGGGAGCCGAUUCAUGCGUCGGAUGUGGAGUCAAAUUUAAUCUUUAUGAAAGAAGACAUCAUUGCCGUAACUGUGGACAAGUAUUUUGUUCAAAAUGCAGCAGAUUUGAAUCUAAGAUUUCGAGAUUAGGUAUUUUAAAACCAGUGCGGGUGUGUCAAGGAUGUUACUCAACGCUGCGUACCCAGCAUUCAACAGAGAGUAGCAAUUAAUGGGGCGAUGCUAUCACCAAUUGCAAUAUACGUGAGACAAUUUAGAUAAAGGGUUAAGAUGAUUUGUACAUAGGCAUAAGAUGAUGAAAUUGAGUUUUCUUAUUUGAAGUUUUUUUCAGUGAACAAGUCGAUAGAUCUGUCACGCGUUUAUUCCUCGUGUAAAUAUUUGUUGCUGCAGCUUGAAUUUAUUGAAGUUUUCUGACAGAUUUCUCGAUAAAUGCGAAAUUUUUAUGUGCAAAUUGAGCAAUUCAUUAUUGCAACAAAUGGACAUUAUACAGAAAGUAAAAAUCGAGUAGGCACUGAAAAACUCAGUAAUCCAUUACUUUUUGUAAUACAAUUUUAUACUAGUCUGCUUUGUGGUGAAACUUUUUCUUCUAUAAGAUUCACACUUGUUGUAACAACCAAAAGAGACGUUAAUCAUUAUUUAUCUGUGAUUUUUACUUUCCACACACGCGCAAACUUGCGUGUGUUGGAACUUGAUAAAAGUGAUUUUUAUUUUACAUAUAUAGUUAUAUAUAGAAUCCAUUAAAGAUAGUUUUUAUCCAAUUGUAAAACACGUUAGCGUACAUUUACAGAUUUUUUACUUUUGUUGAUUGAAGACUAGGAAUUUUACUUUACAUUAUACAUAAUUUCAUAAAUAUCAAGUCUCUUUGAUUUACGCCACAAGGAAGACGCGACACAAAUAAAUAAAAUAUAGAUGUACAAUUUUUAUUUAAAUAAUCAAGAGGAAUAGUGCAACAAAAGAAAAUGUAUUUUACACAAAUUCCACAACAAAGUAGAGCUUUUAAGAAACUAUGUAUCAAUGCAAAGAUAGAGAUUAUCAUGAAAAAACACGCAGUGAAGAAAUGUUUUGUGUCAACCUUGAGGCUUAAUAAGUAUAGAGUAUAUUAAACACUAUAAUAGACAAUACCGUAUCUUCAUAGGAAAAUCGCGAACCAUAGUUUCUAAUAGUGACACCACGAACAAUGAAGAUUGUAAAAGAGAUCACUCACAUACAAUUGUUUACAAGUUAGAAUAGAAAACAGAUUUACGAGUAUAUAAAGUCUGUAAAAUGAGAACUCUUGCUUGUCUCAUUGCAAGAGAAACCAUAUGAAUUUAACGAUUAAAAAGUGCUAAUGACAUGGUUGGGUGCAAUAUAUUUUGUGUAAAACAUAGGAUGACUUCAGACGAGAUUCGGUCCUAAGUAUUCGUCGAUACCGCGAUGGAUUGUUCUUUUAAUGUAACAAAGGCGAUAAGUCAAUUGAGAAAUGUUCCAGUUUUGAGGCACAAAUUUUUAAGUAUUAAGUUUUCCAAAUGAAGCGAGAAAGGCGUAAUAGAAAUUCGAACUGUAAAUUCAACCACUGUGCUGAUUGAAAAGUACGUAUAUAUGUGAAACUUUAGAGAAAAGUUUGACGUCAGUGUUUGAAUAUUCCAAUUGAUAAAAUAUGUAGAUAUGUGCAAAUCAUUACAGACGCAACUUGUAAUCAUUGUUCAUAAAAUGUGAAAACUGAAGGAGUAUAGAAAAGUAUUUCCACGCUUGAAUUCGGGGCAUAUCUGUUGCUUCUAAAAUUUUAAAUCAAUAUAUAUCAUUUCAUAUGUAAUGAUUAUAAUAUGGUAAACUCUGGAACAGAUUAUUUACUAUCUUAAAGCUUAUAAUCGUUACAGCCUUGUAUUGUUAGUUCUAAAUCUUUAUCUUUUAAAUUCAAAAUUUGAUUAUUCCUCCGGAUGCUAUCCGGAUCUCUUAAUAAUUUAAAAAUUGGAAAUUAAAUAUAAAACAGAAGCAAGUAACUCAGUCAUUUUAACACUUGCAUAAAUAUACAAUAAUAAAGAUACUUGAGUACGCGGAAUAUGUUUUUUUGUAUUUAUGUGCAUCAAUAUUAUUUCUCCAUAGCCGCAUAUUGCAAAUGAAGGAGAUUAUAUAAAUUGUAUUUUCAAUUAUUGGUAAUGAAAAUUAAUCGAGAUUUUAUAUUUCUUUGAAGAUUAGCAAAUCUUGCAAAGUAAAUAAGCGUCGAUUUCAAAUCAACAUCAACGUCUUAUCUUAUAACGCACUAAAGUUUUUUAAGUCAGUAUUCUUGGCGUUGAUCUGGCUUCCUCGAAAAAAUUAUGAAUUUGACUGAGCCACGUACAACUUGUUUUUCCUUGUCUCUUCGAGUAUGCAAUUUUCUGAAAUGAACUUCAAAAUUUCCGAUCGUUGUUAAUGUUAUAAUCGAAUGCAUAUUGAAAAUUGUAGAAUAAUAAUUUGAUUCGCCGUUUUUAUAUAAAUAUGACAGUUUUACUGGAAAUCCACUUUUGAAAUGAUAACAACAUUGAGAUGAUAAAAAAUGUAUCAAAAGGCACAAAAAUAGUUUCUAGUCAAAUGUCAUUGCGUUAAACUGUCAUUGAGCAUUGAUUUACUAUGAGGUAUACAUAAAUUAUCUACAUUAAUAAUCGAAUAUAACUUUUUAUUAAUUAUUAUAUUAUUGUAUUGUUUAGCAGUAUUAUUUAAGAUUGCGUUCAUAUAUUAUUUGUACAUAUAUAAACUUUAUAUAAGACGAUCUUUUUGUAUACAAUUUACUGUACAUUUUUUCCAUAUGAGUGAAAACGUUAUUUAGUCCAGUGUAUCAUGGCGGACUCUUUGUAUUUUAAUGUAAAAGUGCGGUAAAUCAAUCGUUGGCUGUGCUGCAAUUAUUCUGGACACGCGAAAAUCUUACCUACCUUCUCUAAACUCAUUACUAAAAUGAGAAGAAUAAGACUUGCAAACCUUUAUAUAACUAAUCAAGUUCCACUUAAUUUAAGGGAUUAUACCUAUGAAAUUCACUUCGAAUCCCAUUCUUUUGCUUUUUCACUUUCAAUCUCGAGUCAACUUCUUGCGUCAAAGCCGAGAAUAUUUUAAGUUUAACUUCCUUUAUCAAUCUGUAUUGACAAAGAGGAGGCUGUUUUAAACUUUGCAUAAUUUCUCAUUUUUGUCGAAGAAGUUUGUUAUUUAGUAUAAAAAAUAAAAUGGUUUUUGCAUAAUAUGAAUACUGCCAGACAAUGAAGCAAAGUAGUACUUUUGUUACGAACACGAUAACAGUAAAAUUUACGCGUAUUUUACAAAUUCGGAUUAUUCAAUAUUAGAGAUAAGUGCUUGCAAAAAUGGUCUCCUCUUCCGAACAAAUUAUUGGAAAUAAAAAAUUAUCAUAUGGCUUUACGUGAAGUUCGAAUCUGAAGGACUGUAAUUUAAGUGUGAUUAAAGUAUUAAAGAAUGGUGUAAAAGUUCAUAUACCUAUAAGUAACCAUAAUUUCAUCUAUAUGACGACAGCCGGUAUGUCCACUUGAUUGGAUUUGAUAGACAAAUCAUAUAAAGAAAGAAGCUAAAUGUUCAAUAUUCUGAUCGAAAACUGUAAAUACAAGUACAGCAAUGCCUUAGCGAAUGUUUAAUAACGAACAAAUCUCAACAGAUAAGAGAUUGUAAGUAGUGGCAUUUGACACAUUACUGCAAGAUUUUGCAUUAAACAUCCGCGAAGGGAUCAAUUGUAAGCAAACAGCAUCUAAAGCUCAUUGCAAAGCUAUGAAAAACGAAUUGCAUAGUCUUUAGAAAAUUAUACAUAUAAUAUAAUGAUAUACAUAACAUGAUACCAGUGCUCUUGGUGUGAAUGGUACUUUUGACUGAUAAAGGCCCUUUAAUUGAUAUGUAUGUGAGCACAUUCACGACCUCAUUAUAGUUAAAAAGAAAUAAUUAUAUAUACAUACACGUAAACGAACACAGGUACACAUGCCGAAAAAAUUGUCAUUUACAUUGUAUGUAGAUAGACCUGUCGUACUAUAGUAAAUGCUUGGAAGACAUUGUAUAGUAGAUGUUGGUCAAUAAUACAUAAAUAUAUAUACAUAUAUUAUAUAAAAAUUAUACUGAAUGGACAAAAAA